AUGACAUACGAUCAAAUGAUGAGUCUCGACGAAAACACUCUGGAGCAGGAACAUGUGACGAAAGGAGCAAGGAAGAAAAUUCUUCAGUCAAUCGAGAAACUCAUUCAACGUCCCGCAAUUCUCCGUGAAAACGAACAAAUGUUAUUCAUGGGUGCUGGGAAACGGUGUGUGAAUUGCGCUAUUGUGUGUCUCCUUCAAACACUCGGCACACCAAUUCAUCCAUACAGAUCGACAAAUUCCAAAUCGAUUGAUACGCCAUGUAUCAAAAUACAGGAUCAGAAUUUACCGGGUAUGCUUUAUCGUCUCCUAUUCCAUGUGCAUUGCCUCGUUUUUUGUGGUGGUUUACAAGCUGUUCGUGAAGAUCUCGAAGAUGAAUAUCUUUUCAUGUUACUCAAUACUUAUGAUAGGAUUCUCAGCAAUGCUGCAUUUACUGCGGCUCAAAAAGAGCAAGUUCUGGCGUGGAAAAAAGAGGCCAGAAAGUUUGUGGAACCGGCUGAAUUGAGGGGACAUCGAGUGAACACUCCACACACAACAAAAUGCGAUUCGUGUUUCACGAAAAACCAAGAGCGAACCCGUUCCGAGCAACGAACGAUCUAUCAAAAUUUGGUCAGUUUGUCCAAUUUGCCCAGUUUGCCCAAGGGUUUCUUCGAUCUGGAUUUGACUGCUCAAUACGUGGUAGCAAAUCAACAGCUAAUACUCCUGUUGAUGCAAGGACAACAAGGACUUCUUCAACAACAACAGCAAAAGGAGCAAGAAAUCCACACAUGGACCAAUUACAUUAACACACUCAAUCAACCACAACCACCAGUUCGGAAUUCGAAUCAUUCUCUCUUUGGGCCUCAGCCUCAAUCAAGAUCUGGUUAUGGAUUGGGUACUCCAAUUGAGUCAACUCUUUUACCAACACCACGACCCAUUCAAGGUCAAUCAUCCAUUCACAAUCAGCCUCGAUACUUCAAUGAACAGCCCUUUACACUUUCGGAGACUCGUCAAGAGAAUUCGCUCUUUUCCGAUUCUCUUCAAAUGACAAUCGGAACGUGGAAUGGAGCUGCUGCCGAAGAAGCAAAGAAAAGAUUAUAUGAGCCAUUCUCUCCUUGUGACUCAAUUUCUGGCUAUUCCUCACCGGGAAGUGAACGAGGGGGUCGCGGGGGAUCGGCUGCUUCACCCGAAAGUAUUCAUACUCAAAGCAGAGCACUACACGGCACAACACCGAAUUUUCUCACAGCUGAUAUACCGCAGGUUGACGUCAAUUGGAUCUACGGACAUGGCGCACAU